CCUCCCCCACAGCCCUUGUCCUCUUAGUUGGAUCUUCUCUCUCGAGUCCAGGCUGACUCCCCAGCCCGGCGCCGCCACCGCCACGCCGCCUACUAUAGUUUUCCCCUCCCCUCCCCUCCCCGCUUCCCACCGGCCGCCUGCGUCCAAUCCGUCCCGUUGGUUCCCCCUCUGUGCACGCGGUUCCUCGAUCCGCUUGGCCGCGCAGAUGGAGAUGCAUACGGGGUCUGCGCAGGCAGGUGGCCGCUUCCCUGUGCCGCACAAGUCCCUCUCCUUGGAUAUCAAGGGCAACAAGACCGACAUUGUCAUCAGCAAAUACGAAGACAACUUUCUGGUCAUUGUGACACAGAUUGGGUGCAUGGGAACCAUAUUAGCUGCUAAGAAAGAUGAAAGUGUCUUCUCUGAUCCAACCUACAAUGUAUCUGUUCUUUUUGGGAAGAGGGAUGAGCCACUCCUGCUAGCUUGUGCACGUCAACUUAUCGAGCAUAUAAGUGGUAGUGGCUCAGCUCGGCCGUUGGUGAUUUCUCUUGGUUUGAAGGAUCAUUCCCAGGGAACAUUGAAAGAUGUAGUCUCUGCCAUUGUUGACAACCGCCUAUGGUGAUAACUUUGCAAAGGUUGGGAUGGGCACAUACAUGUUCGGUUCAUCUACAUAGAUAUUGACAUACACAAGCUGUCAGAGCAAACUCAGCCCUCCCUUAUCAUGCAUGAUCUCUAGAAAUUAUGUAAUUUCUCCCUCCAUUCCUAAAUAUAAGUCUUUCUAGAGAUUCCACUAUGGACUACAUACGGAGCAAAAUGAGUGAAUUUAUACUCUAAAUUAUGUCUUUAUACAUCUGUAUGUAGUCCGUACCUAAAUAUCUAAAAAGACUUAUAUUUAGGAACGGAGGGAGUAGUAUUUAUUCCAGAUUCAGUUAUCAUGAGGUGAUUUCCCCACUAAAAUGCGUAAUGAUCAAUAUAUUUCCCUAAUGUAGCUUGAGGGGUUGCCACUUGAAAGUAUUUACAAGAUUAAAAAACCUGUUCAAUCAUAA